UGCAGCAGAACAAACUGCAGUCAAAACCAUGUGGGGCUUACAAGCGGAGCAGAUAUGGGGAGAUGAGGACUGUAGCCUCUCCCACACAAAGUAAUAUCUCUGAUCGAGGAGGACACUCCAUGAUGUUUCGACCCUCAAGUUCAAGCCCUUUUUCCCUCACCAACCUCGACACGUGGGAAGCCAAAUCUCGCUUUACAGCACAGACCUCAGCAUGGUACGAUAUGGCAACUGUCUCUGGGUCAGGAUUUCUGUCCAAUGUCAACACUAGCACAUCAGACAGCACUAGUGGCUUCAGACAGAAUGACCCAGGUCUAAGGAAGUGGCAGUCAUUGUCUCAUCUGGUGCCUGAAGCUGCCGCACGGUCCCAUCGUUCAUCUCCAAGGGCUGAUUUAGAAGCUGCCCGUGGAGGAAGUAGCUAUAGACAAGCAGAAGUUAUGCAAUGGUGGCAGGGUGCUCAAGAGCUUAUAGACACUCAGCUGGACAGGCUGAGAACCAGAGAUGUACCAUGUAACAUAAGUACUGCAGAGGUACUUGACAUGAAAAAUAAGCAGGAAAAUGCUGAAUCAUUCAGAUUUGACAAGAACCUGCAGCGCAGAGAGCUCCAUGAAAAGGUCCAAAAGCUAGAGAAGGACCUGUAUCGAAUGAGGUCUACUUUGGAUAGAGGAGGCACUGACCAACAGUCUGAAAGGACUUUCUGUUCACUCAGGAGAACAUCACCCUUGAGUCAAGAGGACUUGAACAGACAAGCAGAGCAAAAGGUUGACAGAGACCUGUGCAAGCUCAGAGAGGCUCUGAAAGAUGCAGAGGCGAGGGCAAAAACACACGAAGAAGAGCGAAAUCGGGCACUUCAGCAACUCCAGACUUCAACUGAGACACAGAGGGCACUGUUGAGUCAAAUGGAGGAGAUGAAUCAGAGGCUCAAUCACAUGCUGUCCAAUCACUCUGAUGUGCAAGAAGAGCUAAGUCAGGCUAACAACAAAAUCAGCCAAGCAUGCCUCGAAAAAGCCAUCUUGUCAACUCAGGUACUAAAGCUAGAGGACAAUAUAAAAGAACUGAAAGCCAAACUGACGGGAGCUCUGUCUGACAAAGAUUUCAUCAUCCAGGAGAAUGCAAAUCUGCAGCUUCAUCUGAGGAGACAACCAGGUUCAGAGGGCUGUAUGAACAAUAACCUCGGGGUUCAUGCAGAGUCUCACAACAACAGACAGGAGCAUGAACCUGUUCUAAUGAAGGAAGAAUUAAAAAUUCUCAGCGAGGUGAAUGAAAAGUUGUCAUUGGAGCUUGAAACGAUGAAGCAGAAGUGCGAUACAUCCCAGACUCAGCUGGAGGAGCUAACAGCCGAGAACCUUGUCAACACUAAACGGAUCAAAGAGCUGGAAGCUGAACGUUCAGAGCUGAUAAGACAAAAAGAUGAACUCCUGAGCACAACGAAUGAAGGUGGACAUGAGAUGAAGGAAAAGUGCCAGCAGCUCAAAGACUCAGUUCAAGCUUUGGCAACAGAGAAACAGACGCUGCAGGACGAGUGUCUGUGUUUAGAGGCCAAGGUCCUUGAGAAUGAGGAUAAGUUACACCUGCUGGAGGAAGAGUAUCAGAAAAAAGAUGCAACAAGAGUCCAAAACAUUGAGGACUUAAAAGCUAUGGUCUCACACUGGACUGAGAAAUGGCAAAAAGUGGCUUUGACUUUGCAGUCUACACAUGAGGAGCUCGAGGAGCUCAAGAAGAAGACUUCCAGAAAAGAAAGUGAAUCAGAGCCAUUGCUGAGGGUUGAGCUUGAAGCAUGUAAACAAGAGCUGGAGCUGGAAAGAAACCGGAGUCAGACGUUGCUUCACAGAUAUAAGGAUCAAGGUGAUAAAGCUGUGCAGACUCAGGACAAUGAGACAGUGACAGACUUAUCAGAAUCCUCUUUGAUGUGGGAGCCGACAUCAGACUCGCCCCGCAUUCAAAACAAAUCCUCACAGGUGACAAGAUGCCCCUCACCUCCCUCACUAACAACGAAGGCCCCUGAACACAGUCAAGAUGACGAGGGCCAAGCCAAUGUAUCAACCACCAACUCACUGAGGACCCAGCUCGAAGAGAGCAGGAGGAGAGCAGAUCAGCUGCAGCAGGAGAAAAUCCUGGCCGUUCAGAAGCUUCAAACACUGAAGCAACUUUACUUGGUUAAACAUGAGAAACCGCCUGUUGAAGAGGAGGAUGAACCUCUCUGUCCAGAGACAGUCAUGCAGAGCAGGAUGGUCACUGAGCAGUUAAAGGGUUUAUUCAAGAAGCACGAAGAAAUCGAGGCAGGACUGAUGGACAACACAUCAGCAGCUGCUCAAACUGAAACCUUCUCUCCACAAGACUGGACUCCCACAGUUGGGAGAAGUGCAGCGGACAGGUGGAGCUGGCAGCAGAGGUCAGGUCUGACGCCACUGUUUGAGGAGGAUGAGGAGAGUGCUGAUCUUCCAGGAGGAGAAGAGGAGGAGCCAGCAGGGGAUGCUCAUCUGGAGGAAAACCUCCUCAGUCAGGGACAACACCAGACGUCAACUAUGAGUGCAGAUCUCAGCAAACUGAAGGACAAAAAUGAGAAUCUGCUGCAAGAUGUAAGGUUUAAGUGGCCGAUCCAGGAUCAUCACACUGCGGUAGAUGCAUCUUUGGAUUUUGAAGUGCCAAUCCUAGAUGAGUGUUCAGAUGAGUGCGACCUGCAGGGAAGAACACCUUCCCUCUAUCCUGAUGGAAUAUUCCAGGCUGAGCUUAUAGAUAUUUGUAGCCCUGAUGAUGAUGAUGAUGAUGAUGAUGAUGAUGAUGAUGAUGAUGACGAAGAGGAGGGAGGAGAAAACAAAUGAGGUGUUUCAUGAAAAUCUAACUUGCUGACCUGCUAAGAACCAGCCAGUCUCUCUACUAUGUAACUUAUAUUGCAUGCAUUAAUUCAGAUCUGGAUUUUUAUAUUAACCCUUUGGUAGAUAAUCAUAAAUACAAAGAUUGUGAUAUAGUUGUAGCAACAGCAGUAUAAACAUAUUUACCUCAGGCAAUAGUAGUAGUGUUGACAGAAAACAGAGAGACGGCAACCUCAGGCUAUAAUGAGUUUAUCACUUUUACAUGCAGGAUAUCCAAACGUGUUGAGAAAAGGUGUUGUGAACUUAGAGUUAUACAUAUGGUUUGAUAAAGUACAUUCAUCAAAUGAAUCACAAAAUGUACUUAUGUUACAGGGAAUGAACAAUUCUGAUAUUUUUAGGUUUGUUUGUGUGUUGCUAAAACCGUCACAAACACAUUAUUGAACAGGCUCCCGGGCUUAAAGAUUUUAUUUGUUGGAAUUCAGAAAUCCAUCACUUACAACUGUAGCAUCGGUCAACACAAUCAACAUCAGCUGUGAGCACUUUACGUCAAAGGUUAUUGUGGAUGCCCUGCUGACACUGUGUUAAGUCCACACGAUAUAUUAAGCACAUGUUUCAGAGCUUUACAGAAGUUCAGGUUGGACACUGUGCCAGCGAGUCUGCUCCAUCUGAAAGCUGCACAUGUCUCUCCAGUGAGCACGGCCUGCGUCUGCAGCCUUGGCACCGAUGAGGACUCGGCAGAGGACUUUACCGUCUGAAUGGGCUUGAUUCUGUCAAAUAUGAGAAAAGUGAAAUCAAAGCUACUUUUUUUUUAGUUUAUUAUUU